AUGGUGAAUGCGGACUUGCGGCGGCGUCUCAACGACAAGGAGUAUAAGAACUGGCUGAAGGCAAGUCAGUGUCUGUUCAUACUGACGAAGGGCCUCCAUCUCUACACCAGCCAGCAGAUGGAAGGUUUCCACAAGGAUCUGCUCGCCCACAGCUCGCAGCUCGGGAGGACGUGUGAGACCAAUGCCUGCAGAGGCAACCAGCUCUCCUCGGCAUGUGGGCCGUGUAGCGAGUGGAAGAAGGAGAUCAUGGCACACCAGAGACAGCCGCAAGGGAGCCUGUGCUGGGUGAACUGUUCCCCUCCCUCCUGGAGAACAGACUUCUGGGAAGUGGCCAAGGCCUACAUGCCACGAGGUCAGAGGAAAGUGAAGGGGGCGGAUCAGUGCGAUGCCUCUGCUCUGCUCAGGCUCAUCUACUCCUGUGACCGUUUCGAGUCUGUGAAUCAAAAAUAUGUGACAGAGGUGAUCCACUACAGGAACGAGAUAAUGCAUUCUUCUGUGGGUCGUAUCAUGGAUGAAUGGAUGAGCGGAUACCAGACAACUCUGAAACACUUUGUGCAGCAGUUCAGCAACGUACCACAGAUGGGCAAAGUUGGACAAGAAAUAGAUGAGGCGCUGACUGUCGAUUGGAAGAUAACUGCCUCUGAUCUGGAGAAACUGGACAUUGCUGGCGGUCGAGUUUGUGGUUUUUCACACCAAUUGGAGGCCAACAUCAAAUUUUUCAGCCAAUGGGAGGCUGAGUUGCUCCAGGAGAAGCUGCAGGAGUUACUGCAUACUGACGAUGAAGAUGCUGAGACACAGGUUACUAAGCAGCUGGAAUGGCUUGGUGAUUUCCUGCAGGCCAACAGUGAUUUGGAUGAAAUGUUUUCUGAAAAGAUUCAGGCCAUCCACUCACUCAGGGAAAAAAGAGCUCGUUCACCUGAAGCAGCCGGUCAGUGA